AUGGAUGUAGAACAGCACAUGGAAGACGUUGACAGUGGUUUCGUGCAGCCACCGAUGCAGUCCAAAAAUGGAGCACCGCAGAAGAAGCGUAUCCAUGAACUGGAUUGGUUUCGAGCCUUGAUGGUCAUUCUCGUGGUUUAUGCCCACAUCUCCCGAAGUGGAAUGAGGGGUGGAGUUCAUGGCAACAUUGAAGUGGACGACCGCAUCUACAAUCUCACGGAUCCCAGUUCCAUGGGGGUCCGUUGGAUCUCAGAAGUGCGACAGUACUGCCUGCCGUUGCUGUUUUUUGUGUCCGGAGCUGCCUCAGCUUGCUCGUGGAAACAAAGUCCAGGAGGUUUGGUGAAGAUCUUGCUGUACACACUCUUUGGGGUGGCCCUCAAUUCGGUGCUAUGGCUCCUGGGGCCGCAGAAUCCAAAGUGCGAUCCCGGAACUGGCUAUGGCAGACCCGAGUGCCAAGGUCUCCUCUUUGAUUUCACCAUUUGCCCCGACUCUGGGAGGAUUUUCCCCCUGGUGUUUCAAAUGUGGUACACUGCAAUGCUUAUGGCGCUGAUGCUCUUGAAUUGGCCGCUCUUCGCAUUCUUGCGCAACGGGACGUGCCACCUUGCCAUUCUUGGUCUUCAAGUUAUUGCAUCAGUGGGUCUAGAAUCAGCCUUUGUGGUCCUCGCUGGCAGUGAAAUCUCAAAUCCAGCACUGAUCAUUGGCAUCAUGGUGGUGUGUGAAGUUGUAUUCCUGGGUCUUGCUGUUCUCACCAUGCCCCAGUAUCGACCAAGUCGAAUCCCCUUACGCUUCAUUCACUACUGUCUUGGUGCUGUGACCACAGUUCAGUUUGGCUGCGUUCCCUAUGCACCAGUGAUUGAGCACAUCUCUGGUGCCUUUGUUGUCUUCAUCUUGACGGGCUUCAACAAGUCCUUCCAACUUGGCUUCGUUUUGACCGUGGCGCGGCUGCCGAACCAAGAGGAGGCUUUGCCCAUUGUCAGCAUGUACUGGCCAAUGAUGGUGAUCUUGCGGACCAUGACGGCACCCUCGAGCAAUUGGUAUGCAGCAGGCAACCUGACCUACCCCUACUACCCACGGGUGCUGGAUCGUGCUGACUACGUGGCUGGUGCAGUGAUCUUCAUGUUUGUGGUGGACCGGGUGGGCCGUGCCAUUGAGUGCCAGGCCCUGCCAUCCUGGUUGGCCAAUGGGGCGCUGCUGCUCUAUUUAAUUCACCCGUGGCUCAUGGCUCUGCUGAUCCUGGCGGUGCGCGGCAGCAUGUUGGAAGACACCGGAUCUGUCUGGAGUUUGUGCUUGGUGGCCUCUGCCCUGCUGGGCUAUUUGACCACCAGACCCUGGAGGUUAUGGAGAUGCCGCCGUCAUGCAUCCAAGGCCACUUUUGAGAGCACCAGCAGCUGUGAUUCAGAUGGCAGCAGCCAAGAGGAGAGCCAUGGAAGUGCUUAAACGGCUUAAAGUGUGUAGCGGUGUAACACCCUCCUGGGGCCACCUGAGAGCAGGAAAUUCAAUGUCACUGACACUGAAAUCAGUGUUGGGCGAUCUGAGCCUGAGCUGCGUGCUUGAACGUGCAUGAUGCCUUUUGAAUGAAGCAGUGGCACAGAACUAGUUGUGGCUAGUGCAAGUUAAUGUGUAAAGUAGUAAAGUGGAGACUUUUCCCGUUGAUUGAGGCUGGUGGCAAGACAUCAGAGAGGAACAUG